AUGGCACAAGCUGAAAUAAAGAUUCCAGAGGCAUUUGUCGAUCUGUUGAUACGCAGUCACGGACAUCUUGGAGGAGUGAAGGCAACAGAGAACUUCGAUAGGUAUGUUUAUGGAACAAGAGAACGCGACAACAUCAAGAUCAUUGCUAUAAAUGCGAUGUGGGAGAAGCUAAUUCUUGCAGCAAGGGUAUUUUGCAGCUUGAGCUAUCCGUCCGAUGUUGCUGUGUUGUCCACAAAGGCGUUUGGCAGGAAGCCUGUGAUGAAGUUCUGCCAGGCUGUAGGUGCGACAGCGAUUACGGGAAGAUUUGUUCCUGGAUCGUUUACGAACUCUGUGGUGAAGAGGAAGUAUAAUCCAAGGAUACUGAUCGUUUCUGAUGCAUAUGCAGAUAAGCAGGCGAUAGCAGAGUCAUUUCACUGCAAUCUGCCAAUUAUUGCAUUUACAAGCACAGACAACUCUCUGCGUGGGGUUGAAGUUGCGAUUCCGAUGAACAACAGGUCGCCUAAUGCAAUAGGAACAGGGUUUUUUAUUCUUUCGCGACUGAUUAAUUAUAUGAAGACAGGGGCUGAGCUUGAUCGGGACAUGAAGGAGGUGGAACUGUUUUUCUUUAGAGAUAGUGUUGAGCUUGAGCAGCUUGCAGAGGAGCAGAAUCUUGUGGAUGCGCCUGAAGGUGCAAUGCAAGGUGGAAGCGAUGCAAUGUCAGGAAGGAUGCCUGAGGAGUGGAAUGGAUUCUAA